CACUCUUAGUGACAUGGUUUUAACAAUCAAGAGAACUUGAGUUCCUUCCUGACGAAUCUCCAGCCCAGAUGUAGCAUGGGUCAAGACAACCGUUUUAAAGUUGUUCUCCUCGGUGACAGCGGAGUGGGUAAAAGCACAAUGUUGUUGCAGUUUACGGAGAACCAGUCAUCACCAUCGAUAUCCACAACUAUUGGAAUAGACUACAAAAAGAGCACGAUGGUUAUUGAGAAUCAAGCUAUUGUCCUGGAUAUUUGGGACACAGCCGGUCAAGAAAGAUACAGAGCUCUUACCAGAAACCAUUUCCGGAAUGCUCAGGGAGUGGUACUGAUGUAUUCAGUAGACAACGAGCAGUCGUACCGGAGUAUAACUAGCUGGCAGACAGACAUAGAGCGUUACUGUCCACCCCAAACGAGGGUUCUCAUCAUUGGUAACAAGUGUGACCUAGCCACCAGAACAAUUCCUGUCGAGCAAGGACUUCUUGUGUCGAGCAGACUUGGGGCCCCCUUCAUGGAGAGUAGUGCUAAGGAAAAUGUCAACGUGAAAACUACAUUUCAUCUGUUAGCGAAGAUGAUGCUCGAUGAAAGAAAAGCGUCCGUCCAGUCUCGCAAUAUGGAACAGUUGUUAAAGGAGAAGUUGAUCAAACUCGACAAGUGUGACUGUUGCCAGAGAUCUAUAGAAAACACCUUCAGCCGUUGCUGCAGUAUCUUGUAGUCGAAAAGUCCCAUGUUUUCAACCAAAUCUUGAACAGUUGGGGGAACGAGUUAAUCCAAAGAAUGCGAUUCCUAAAUUGGUUGUCAUGAUUUCAGAAUUCAGAUAGGACGCAAAAUUGUGCGCAGAGUUAUUUUUUUUGGAAUUUAUUAGGAAACAAAUUUCUGUAGUUAAGGCAUUAACCAAAUGACAACAAUCUUACAAUAUAUUGAAAGUAGCGACUAAAUAUAAAAAGGGGAUAAAAUGCUUUACUAUUCUUGAAAUGCUUUACUUUACUUACUUAACUAUGAAGCUAUGAGCGUCAAGCCUCAAGAUUAAAAUGUGUGUAUGAUUAUAUUUGUAUUUGCGGAUGAAUAGCUUCAUAUGAAAGUUUAUAAAAUAUUUAAUUUAUUACUGAUUUCAUUUUUAAUUCAUACUUUAUAAGAUUGUAAAAUAUUCAAAAAAUUCAAAUUUUACUAUUUAUCGUUUUAUAAGUGAGGGUUGCACACCACAUAACGAAUAAUGAUUUUUGUGGGUUGGAUUUUGACAAACAGAUUUGAUCGUUUGACACAUUAUAAUCGAUUUUUAUGUUUUACGGAUGUUUUCAAUA